UGUUUUCCCACGUUUCCCUUUUUCCCGACGCUCAGUCGAAUUUUUAAUUCCAACCCAUCUGAACCUUUUCAUUGCACGGAAGAAGCGGCGAAAGAUUCUUCCCUUUGCACGUUCGUUUAAAUAUACACCAAUCAAAAUAUCUUUUAGUGAUGAGCUUGUCUCAUUCAAAAAAUUAUCAUCUGUAACUGAUGUUCUAAUGCAGGAAAAAAAAUAUCGGAGAAUGAACCCCUACAACAGAAGAAGAAUAGAAUCAUCAGCAAUGAUCGGAGGAAGUAAGUUAAUAUAGCACACUGCUGCUGCUGAUAUCACUUUUGUAUAAUCCUUUCUUCAGAAAUAUGAGAUAGUGGUAUAUCAAUAUAAUAACAGCACAUCACUGAACAAGAAAGAUACAUGCUAAAAAUUGAUCUGUAAACCUAAAAGAAACUGUGCUGUGAAUAUUAAGCUAUAUACACAUUUUCCAUCGCAUCAUUUGUUAAUUCAUCCAUAUAUAUUUCAACUUAAAGUGUAGCCAUUUGUUGCUGCAGUAUAUAAGGGGAUGACGAUAUUGCAGAUAAAAUGCUGUGCUGUAAACAAAAUUAUCAGCGUUCUGAUAGAAACAAAAGAAAAGUUUUGUGCAUUCAGAUUUUCAGGUCAAUUCCUGGAAAUCAACAUGGACGCCAAGUUUCUGGAUGGCGAGCAGCAGGUGGAAGGUAUUCACUUGCUGACCGACUUUAACCUGGUCCGCCAAUUACAGGUGCGAAUAGGUGAAUGCGCCAAAGGACCGACGGAAUAUUUCCCGGCCAUCUGGCCAGUUGAUUUGUCCACUGGAAACAUCCCAUCCCUGGAGUCUAAGCCACACGUUGUCACUCCCAAACCUUACGGGACGCGUUAUUUGCUCUACGUCGACCCUUCCGGCGAGAUGUUCUUGGAAAACUUGACGCAACACAUCUUCCGCAUCGACGACGAUCACGCAAUCAAAAUGAUUUCUUCGGAUGGACAAUCCAUCACCGACGUCAUCCUGGACGGCGUCGUCACCCGAGUGUCGGAAAAGCAUCCGGAUGCCUGAAGGUUGACAUUUGUCAUUAUGGAUGCCAUCCUGUGUCGAGGAGUUGGUUUGACGCAAAUGGGCAUCUCCCAGCGAAUCGUUUAUAUCAAAAAUGAGAUCAUGGCCCCCAGACUAGAAGCGUUGAAGAACGGCACAAUUAAAAGCGACGGAGAAGCUUUUAAUCUGGACAUUGUUGACUGUAAGGAAAGCUACGAAGCGGAGAAAUUCCUGUCUGAAGAAUUUCGUGAUGUUCUGUUUAAAUAUCCGCUUCUCUCUAUUCUAUUCAUUCCCAAAGAUAAGGAUUACAUUUGCGGGACCUGUUUUGACGUCUUUCAAUGGAAAGAGAAUGACGUUUGCCAUGCUGUUUUCCGACUGAAAAUACCAGGAAGCCGCGCCACGGCGGAACUCGCCGAGUUGCAUUUAGUGAGUGGUGAAUCUGGCGAUGAUAUGGUGGAAAUUAAUUUCGCUUUGAUCAAACUGACGGACGAGAUUCGUGAGCUGAACGGCCGCAUCAUCGAUUGUCACUACGUCGAUAAUCAGUGCUGGGUCUUCAGCAAAUUGCGCGACGAUCGUAAAUAUCCAAACGUGAAACCCGUUAUUGAAAACAAGUUGAAAAAUUUUGAAAAUCCGGUGACGCGAUCUCGUUUGCUUUCAUCCCUGGAGAUGGUCAAAAGUCUUAAUUAUGUUUCGGAAGUGUCGUUGAAUGAUUUAAAUCAGGGGGUAUAGCUCAGUGCUGGCAGAGCAUCCGACUGCAGAUUGGGCUGUCCCCGGCUAGAAACCGGGUGCCCCCAGCUGUGUAUCAUUAUUAUCUGUGUUCUACUAUUGAAAAAUGUAGU